GUGGCUGUAGUGGAGAUACUCAGGGCUGACCCCCAAGAGGAGUGCUUUAUAACUGUCACCUGUUACAACGCCUGUCCCAACAGCCCUACGAGUCGGGAGGAAUAUCCUUCCCAUUUUACAGAGGAGAAACCUGGGGUUCCGAAGUUUAAGGAAAGGGUACCAAUUUUAGGAAGAGACAGAGCUUUACGAUGCUGGAGCCAACCCUGGCCACCUCAGGCUUCACGGCCCUUACAGUGCUGGCAGUGGCCACUAGGGGGUGCCCUGGCUCCAGACACCGCUACUGGGGGUACUUGUCUCCCAAGUUGCUGAGCACGGGGGCCGUGUCAGGUGCUCGGUGCACCUGGGAGGGGAAGACACACCCCUCCCCACCCACCAAAGAUGGGAAUCCUGGGCUUGGGCUAGGCCUUGGUGGGCGGGCUCUGGCGUUGGCUAGGACGGGUGGGCGUGGUCAGCGAGGGGCGCGGCCCGGGUGCGGUCCUGGACUCCUACGCCGCGGAUGAGGUUUUUCGAGGCCCCAAAUAGAGGGAGCGGUGUGGCCUGGGGGACUGCGAAGAAGGCCCUCGGUUGCCUUCCUUCCGUGGCUCCCUGAGAAGCAGGACCUCCCUUGGGAUCUGCCUGUCUUUGGAGAGUGACAGACGGGUGAACAAAGUGUCUGGGUCACUGUCAGGGCCGGGGCAGGCGAGGACAAGCUUCCCGGAGGGGCGGGGCAGUGGGCGGGGCCGGCCGCUAGAGGGCGCCAAGGUGGCGCGCGCAGUCGUGGGCGGAGUAUCGGCUGCGCUGGGCACAGCGAUUGGCUCGUGGCGACGCCCUCCGCCAAAGAGGGCCAAUUGGACAUGGACCCAUCUCCCGCCCCGCCUCGCCCCUUCCCGCAGGUAUGUGCCGGCGGACUCCAGCUGGACGGCCUGCUCCUUUGCGCCGCCUGGAGGCCUGCUCGGGUAGAGGUGGCAGUCCCGGCGUGCUUGGCGUUUUCCUUCACCCUGUAGUCUCAGCUGCCUGCAGACGCCGUCCUCGGACUUGGGCCUCUCCCCCUUACUGUGCCCCUCAGUUCUCAAAGUCAUCCAAAAAUGUCCCCCUUGGGCCCGGGGAUUCCUUCGUGACACAUGCACACUUCAAGCCCAAGUUCCCUGCCGGCAUUCUCAGAUACCAGCACCCCAAGUCUUCCCUGAGGCCAGAGCUCUCCCUUAUGUCUCAGCCACCCCCAAAUAUCACUAGCUCAGGACCCUCAGGUCCCAGUUAUCUCUGAAUGCCCAGUGUUUCCCUCAGGGUCACCACUGGCUGCCACCAGAGGUUGGGUUCGACGCCCCCCUCCAUUGGGGCCAGGCACACUCGGGUCAAUGUCCUGGGCUUGGGUCAUUCCUCAUGAUGACCCCCAUCUAGGUCCUUCCCAGAACAGCGCUCUCUGUCAUUGCAUUAGCCCUGAAAGUCAGGGUUUCCUUCAGGGUCACCCCCUAAUCCCAGGACACCCCUCAAGGUCACCCAGCCUUCUCUGCCUGUGUGACUAAAUUGUGGCCUUCCUCAGAACAGGUGGGACAGAGAUGAAGAUCCUGUGAGGUCAGGAGCUCAGGGUGCAGGAACAGUAAAUUCAGGGCCAUCAACCCUCCCCACCCAAAAGGCCAAAACUGCAGGGAUGGGAAGAAGGAGUAAACCACAAACUCACAAACUAUCAGACCUUCAGGAAUGAGGCAGGGGGCAGCUUUUAUUUUAAUUGGACAACAGGAGCCACACACAACACAGACCGCUGCCCCAAGCUUAUGUCCGCCCCUACCCCAGGUGGGACAGGAAUGCUGGGCCAGCUCUGACGCCCUAGGGGGCUGCUCUCUGUUUCCCCAGUCUCACUCCAAAAAGAGCCCCAUCCCAUCUGAUACUGGACAGUCUCAACUUUUGGACAGCCUGGCACCACCUGAGGACUGAAAAGGCCCGUUUGUGUCCUUUCUGGACUCACAGGGACCUUGCUCCCUGCCCCAUGUGCCAGGAGGGUGUCAGGGCUCCUCCCCCCAAGUUAGGAAGCUGCAGGGCUCAGGGAGAAGGGGCCAGGCCCACUCAGGUCAGGCCAGCCUGGUUCCGGAAGCUGGAGUUGGCAUUUAACGGUCUGGGGACCCAAGGCAGCUUCCUCUUGAGUAACUGGCUGCUGGGAAGGUACAGGCCUGGCCCAUGCCCCACCAGGCUUAGGAGAGAAAGGCUCCAGGAUGGGAGGGUUGUGGGGGGGUGUGGGGGCUGCAGACACAGUUUUGCCCUUUUUCAUGGAGGGGCAACCACCCACCUGCCCGUUCUCCCCAGGAGUACAGCCCAGCUCCAGGUAGGACUGUGCAGGGGGAGGCCCUCCCCAAGUACGUUGUUGAGGGAGGGGGCCUGCAGCAGACAGCUGGGUCCACCUACCCCAUUCCAGGCUACAUCCCUCCCCAAGUCCCUCCUCCAGACACAGGUCUGGGUCUUCCCCCCACCCCCACCCCCCAGGCAUCAGCCCACCCAAGGAAGGCAGGUGCCACAGGCUCCGAGGGGGCUCGACUCCUGUUCCUGCUGAACUGAGCCAGUCUGCACAAAUCAACUGUGUUUCAGCUCAGUAGGCACGGGAGGCAGAGCCCAGGGAGGCCCCCACAGUGGGACAGGCAGGCACAGCCGCAGAGCCGGAGGAGGCGGGGUCCCGGGGGGCGGAACUUAGCCACUGUGAACACGACUUGGUGUGGACUCUGCUCACAAGCAGCUAAGCCCUGCUCCCCAGGCCGGACGCAGACAGCAGGGGCCUCUUGUGCCACCCACCCCCACCCCCAUCCCCGGGCAGUGUCCUCAGCGGUGGUGGCGGUGGUGGAAGCCCCAGAGGCAGGGCUCAGGGUCGGUUGGAAAUCCCUGGCAAUGUGAUUUGUGACAGGCAGCAAAUCCCAUCCCCAGGAACCCCAGCCGGCCAUGGCACAGGGGUGGGGGGGCACCGGGUGGGGCCAGCAGCUGGCACCUGAGGGGGGAGAGAGAGCAAAGGAGGUAAUGAGAUUUGAAGACGUCUGUCCUGCAGGUGCCCCCUGCCUGCUGCUGCCCACGGAGGAAAGCCCUCCUCCCCGCACGCAGCAGCCACGGAAGAGAAUGCUGUACCAUCAGGAUGCACGCCCACACCGCAGCCCUGCCCUCAGUCCCAGAGGCAGAGAUGCCCAAAUCCCUUUGGGCCAAGGAGGCUGCAGGGACUCCCAGAGCCAGGUCCCCCUGCUUUUCCCGCCCCCCCCCCCACCAGCGAGCCCUGGGCGGGCUAAAUGGGGCCAUGAGGAGAGGAAGUCGAGGGGGUGGCAGGCAGGCGGGUGAGGAAGUGAUCUCACCCCAGCUGGCGCCACUUCCUAGAAGCCUGAAGGGCAGGAGGAAACCACCAGGGCCUCCCCCCGUGGCCCCGUCUCCUCAGUGGCCAGGCCUCAGCCUGCACCCCAGCAGAGCAGAUGCCUGCAGUGGGUGUCCAGCUCUCCCCUUGGGCACACACAUCCCCAAGAGCACCACACCCAGGCUCAAGGUGCAAAUCCCCACUCAGCAAUUUCCCAAAUGCCCUCCAAGCCUCAGUUUCCCCAUCUGUAAAUCAGAGCCAAGGGCCUCAACUGCAUAGCACAGGGAGAUUUCACCGAGAGUGCAUAUGUCAUUUCAGCAAGUGCCCAGCACCAGGACUGCCUUCCAGAACUUUCAGGAAUCAGUGCAAAAUGAAAUUGGGGGACCCAUUCUUCACAAGUUAAGAAUGUCAAGAUGCUGACAGCAGAACAUUAAUCCAGGCUUCAGGUCGUUCUAAGCAAGGGAGACUCUGUGAGCUGCAUGGUCACAAGCCCAUGAAGCCGCCCUAUGUUCAGUAAAUGGAGAUCUCCUUAAUGUCAAGAGCCCUGUGGCUAGGACACCCCAACUCUGGAGCCAGUUUGGGCAGAUCUGAACCCUGGCUCUGUAGCUUCCUAGCUGGGUGACUCCUAGAAAGUCACUCAACCUCUCUGGGCCUCCCUUUCCCCAUGCGCAAAGCAGGGAUGUCGUGGUAAGGAUCUCAGAAGUGAUACGUGUAAUUAAGAUGGGGCUGGGCUGUUAUCAUCAGGCAGAAACAGAAAAGACGGUAGAAAUGAGGACUCUGAACGCUGGUGGAACCCCAGUGCUCAGAGCUGGUGGCAUCCACCACUGGGAGACAGGUGGAGAGCGAUGUCCUGCUCUCUUCCCCAACCCGUCCUAUACACGCACACACAGACACUGGCCACCCGCUUUCCCAGCAGGCCCCAGCCCAACCCUGUCCCCUCAGGGUCUGGGGGCACCAACCGGGAGCAGACAAGGCCCUGCAGGGCGGCCGGCCUCCCUGGGCCGCCUCCGGAAGUGAGACAGCACAUUCGUGUCCCAGGGACGAGAACGGGAAGGGCGGCCAUUUGGCCAGGCCCGUUUCCUGUGGGGUUUCCCCUGCACAGAGCCCCGGGCUGGGGCCAAGGCCACUCCCCAUCCCUAAAGGCACAAAAGGCCUGGGUCUCUCAUGGAUGGGGCACUGCCACGCAGGUGCCCAGGAGCCAGGACCCCCGUUACCAAUGGUGUGCCUCUCGGGCUCACAAGAGGUGGUGUCCAGGGAAGGCCAAGUUCUUGGCAGCUGGAAGCCUGGGGAGAAGAUGGGCCCCUGGGCCGAGGGAGCAAAGCAGGCCCCGAGCCACACCGAUGUAUGUAUGUAUGUAUGUAUGUAUGUAUGUAUGUAUGUAUGCUGGAGUAUGCUCUGCAGACAGGGCGUGGAGGCAUGAGACAGAAGCAGGCAGGCGUACUGCUACCCCCCAACCCCAUGCUCCAAGAAUGAAUCAGGGGCAGCUUCCGCCGGGGGCGCCACCACCACCACCGCCCCCAAGCCUGGUCCCCAAAUACUUUCCACCCUCUCGGAGCAGCUGGGAUCGGAAAAUACCAAGGGCUACAGGCCCCGCCCUGCCCGCCACCGCCCGCCCUCCCAGCCUGUCACUAACGCUUUGCCUAAUGGGCCUAGACUCUCCGCAGAGGCUCCCUGGGCCGGGCCCAGAGCCAGCCGCCAACCUGGGCUGCCCAGCCAAGUGCCGCCUGACCACCAGCCCCCCAUCCAUUACCCCAGUCCCAGCAAAGCGACCAUAACAACGGGCCCGAUGGGAAGCCCUCAGAGGCUGGCACCUGGGUGGAAGAGGGCAGGACAGUGGCAAGUGGGUGGGCCCCCGCUGCCCACCCGGGGCUGGGGGGAGGGGGCAGGCCCAGGAAGGGGUGAGUAAGUGAGGACUGAAUCACUUGUUAUAAAUAGGGGAACCAUGCAAGUCAUAUCCCAGCCCCCAUUGCGCCCAGCCACGCCACACCAAACUCCAACCCCUGCCCUAAACUUUAAUCCCCCUAGAGUCAGUCACAGAAUUCCCAGGGUCCCCUUAACGUCCACACUGAGAGCCCUUAACUGAGGGGCACACCCUUCUGCCAUGUUCAUCCCUUGCCGUGUCCUCAUGGGUCCACGUCCCGGUCCUGGCCUGUGUUUUGGGGGGCCCCUGGCCUCAAGGCAAAUCACUGUCUUCUGGGUCAUGUCCUCCUUCCUCAAUACCCCAAAAUUCCCAGGCCCAAGGCUUAGGGCCCCCAGGAUCCCCAAGGCAUUCUAAGGGUGUGGGUGACCACAGUCCUGGAUGGUGAUGCCAGACCCAGGCCAGGGGAAGGCCAAGGGUCUUAGAGGCUCAGAAGUCAGCUUCCUGGCGGCUCACCACCCAGGCCCCCCAUCCCAGACCACCCAGGCCUGCUCUGCCCAGGGCCACAGCUCAGUGACCACACCCAGGGUGGCGCCAGCUCCAGCACCCUGGGGCAAGGCGCCGCUGGAGCAUGACUCAGCCGUGCCCAGCAUGGCGGCGUCCUUCUCUGCCCAAGGAUUCCCACACGCCCACGCCCACUGCCCUCCGUGUACGUCCUUCCCAGGUGACCAGCCUUCUCCAGACACACCUCCUUGUCCACCCAGGACACCCGAAGGCAGGAGGAAAGGUGGCCAGAGCGUCCCACAAGGGAUCUGCCACAGGAAGGGGAAGUGCGCUUCUCUCCGCUUGCUUUCCAACGCUCCCCAUUUACAGAUGGAGAAACUGAGGCCCGCAGGAAUUCAGAGCCAGGCCCAAGGUCAGGCAGUAAAUCUAAGGAAAAGCCAGGACUGCUCCUGGCAGAAAGUGUAUCCAAAUGGGAAGGGGCUGGCCAGCCAGCCCAGUGAGGGGCGGGAAAGGUGUUUUCUUAAGAACCCCCACCCCAGGGUUCCUGGCGGUUUCUUUCACCGCAAACAGACCCCCCUCUACUCAGCUUCCCAAGGCGAAGGGCACACUCUGAAAAAUGCCUUAAGGUAUAUCAAAGCGCCACCUGAGUCCAUAGGAAUCCGGUCACCCCACUCCCCACCCUGAGCAUAGGGCCAGUCACCCUGGGACUGCAGAUGAGACAGGGAUCUGCCCAGCAGCUGCAGCUUCCACGGAACAUCUGGCCUCCACUUACAACAGGCAGGGGUGGGUACGGGGGUCCCCGGGAGGACCCUGGAGCAUCCGCUUCCGCUGUGGCUCUCCAGUGAGCAAGGGUCUGCGGAGACUUGGAGGCUGGGCCAGCACAGACAGGCCCGACCCCCCUGGACACGCCCUGUCACGCAUGUGCUCCGCGUGCCAGCCCUGGGCCAGGCCCGCAGCUAUUUUCGGGCCCCCUCUUAGGCCCACAGACGAAGCCUGCCAGUUGGGGUCUUGAAGGAGCUCCCAGAGGACAUCCUGCAAGGGCAGAGGCCAAUGGGCGCCCUUCUGGGAGCUGGGACAGAGCUGGCACCCGGCCCCAGGGCCCGUGCCUUCCCAGGACGGCGGCGUGUGAACACAUGCGCACGGGCUGGCCCGGGCAGGGUGCGUGGGCGAGCGGACAGGGUGUGUCCCACAUCACCUCGCCUCUGAGCCGGGGCACCUGUUGGGUACUGCCCUCCAGCUCCGGCUGGCAUGGGCAGGGCUGCCAGAGGACACUCCUCAUGCCAGGGGUCCCACACACACACACACACCCCCCCCCAGCCUUACCCUCAUCCACCACCCGUCAUCAUAAGCGGGCAGCUGGUUAGGGCCGAGGCAGGGAGGGGACAGGUGACAGAGCCAACUGCACCUUCAAGGCAUUCAGGAGGCCACGGGGUCUGGCUGGGCCUGGCUGGGCUGGGUAGGCAAGUCAGUGUAGGGCUGGGGGCUUUGGUGGCAGUCAAGUCCAGUGCUGGGGUCAGAGGUCAGUGUGGGGCUAGAAUGCAAGGUUCAGGUUUUAGUCUGGGCCCUUCCACCCUCCCACAGCCCAAGGGCAUGAGGACUGCGGUGACACAAGGCUGGGAGUCAGCCCUCCAGGAGUCUUCCAAACCCCAGGCCCCCUUCCAAAGGGACCCUGAAUGAGCUCUUCUCUCCUGGGCCAGGAGGGGCCAGGAGGGAGGAGAGGGGUCCCCCAGUCUCCACGAAGCUGGGGCUACAAUGCUGGGCCCCCACCCCAUCUCCUCAAUGGCAGGCCUCCCCUCCACUCAUUGGCUGAUAUGGCGAGAACUUGAACCACUGUCACCCACCAUCCAUGGAACUCUGGGAGACCCCCAUCCACUUCUCCACCCCAUCCCCACCAAAGGCCAGAUAGGUACCCCAGGAGUCCAGGCACAGUA